AUGGCUAAAGCUUACAAUACACCCAUGAAUGCGGAUACCCUAGGUGAUCUGAUAGAUGACUUUCCCGUGGAUGUAAGAGUUUCCAUCAGUACGUUGUCUUCCUUGGAUAAUGUUUCAAAUCAACUGCUAUCUAUUAUAUCAUCGGAUUCCUUUAAUUCAGAAACGUAUCUGCUUUUUAAUCCAAGAAAUGUGAAUUCAAGGAUUCCAAUGGCAAUCAAAAGUUUCCAUAGUUUAUUGACAAUUUUCAUUGAGAUCUUGAGAGUGUAUGGAAUCGAUAACGAUGUUGGUGAAUUUAAGAUUUUAGAACCAAAACACAUAGUGAAAGAUAUGUGGUAUCAGGACUCUCCGACUUUGGUUUUAUUAAAGACUUUCGAAAAAGAUAUUAUUACUACUAUCAGAAAGUGUAAUGUACUGAUAUAUUUUUUGACUGUACUGGGGUGUUUAAAUUUCAAAAUUGAUAAAUUGCAAGAAGAUUUCUUAGAUGUGUUUGCUCCAAAUACUUUAUUCGAAGAAUCUCCUUUUAAUAUCAAUGAACAACUACUGAGAAAGCAAUGGCUUCUGUACCUAGAUUUAAAGACAAGAAUUUAUAUUGAGAAGUUGAAAAGAGUAAGAUAUGAAAAGUUAAGAGCUGAGAGAGCGGAAAACCCAAAUAUCAAUCUGAUAUUUCAAAAUCAAGAGGAUUCAAAUAAAGAAUCAGGCCAUGAACAAGCGACGUCUAAUGAAAUUAGUAAAUUUGAUCAUGUUAGCGAAGAUGAAAGAUCGGAACUACUAGAGAACAAUUUGUUUUCUAAUACUUUUACAAAUGAAUUGGUUCUCAGAAGAACUAAAUCGUCGGCUGAUCCAACUUUAACAACAUCCUUUGAAAGAGUGUUUGUUCAAAGAUACAUUACAAGAAAGGCUAACUUGAUGUCCUUUUCUAGUUUAAAAAAAUUGGAAAUAGAGAUUUCAGAGAAGAGUUUUAUAACCAAUUUGAAAGAUUAUUGUGACAGAUAUAUGUCUCUAAUUAUAUGGGGCACCAAACACCGUAAUAGUAAAAACCCAAUACAGACCGCAGAUAACAGUGAAUUUGAUGAACAAGUAUUGAAGGUCACUAAUGCAGAAUUAUUGAUUGGGGUUGUUCCAUAUAAAACUAUAUUUGUUGAUAAUGAAUUUGAAGCAAAAAAGGCAAGAAAAGUAGAAAAUGAAAUUGAAAGCUCUCAACAAAAUGUAGACGAAAUUGUCGCUGGAAUUGAAAACGAUACAGAUUUAUUAGUUAAUGAGAAUUUUUCCAAUGAAAAUGUUUCAAACAAUUCUACCCAGCUAUCAGAAAGUAAUGUUUUUAAUAAUGAUGUAAGUGUUAUGGAAAACCUGGAACAACAAACACGCAGUGUUAUAUCUACUCCAAAAACUGCUAAAAGAGACUCAACUGGUAAGGUAAUGAAACUAAAGUCCAAAUGGUCUAAAACCGAAGAAGAUGCAUUGGUUGCAGGUUUGAAAGCAUUUGGUCCAUCAUGGGUAAAGAUUUUAGAUUAUCAUGGUUCAGGUGGUAAAUUUUCCGAGGAUCUGAAGAAUAGAUCUCAAGUUCAACUUAAAGACAAAGCUCGUAACUGGAAAAUUCAAUAUUUGAGAAAUGGACACCCAUUACCACAGUAUCUUACUAAAGUUACUGGUAAUUUAAAUAGAAAAAGAAAACAGUUAUCGAUUGAAUCAACUCCUGAAAAAUUACCUGAAAUACGCAGAGAUAACACUGUUCAUAAUAAUCAAAAUGACAUGUUUGGUAAUAAUGUCAUUUCAAAUGCUGCUUCUAGUGACGCUUCUUCGUUCGAUCCUAACCUUUAG